ACGAACAGAGAAAGGGGCUCAGAUUACGAAAAGAUUGAGUUAUUUUGGCCACACAAUCUGUUGAAGGAAAAUAUUGUAAUAGUUGACAGUCCAGGAAUUGGCGAAUCUACCAUCAUGGAUGACAUUGUAAAGGAGUACCUUCCGGAAGCUUUCGCAUUUAUUUACGUCAUCAACAGUGAAAACGCUGGUGGAAUACAGCGAGAUAGGGUAGAAAAGCUUAUCGAACACGCCAGACAGAUAUCUCUUGACAAACAAAGGGAAUCUUCCUCAAAUUGUGCCCUAUUCGUUUGCAACAAGUGGGACCAGGUGCCGUCAAAAGAAUCUGACGAAGUUAAGAACUAUGUAGUGACGAAGCUCACGCAGUGCUGGCCUUCUUUAGAUCCAGAAUCUCAGAUCAUUUAUAUGUCAGCAAAAGAAGCCAGUGAAGCUCAGAAGUUUGGAGUGGUCACGGAGGAGUUUGCUGAACUAAUGAAUGGUAUCAAGUCCAUGGUGUUGAAAAGUAUUGAAGCAAGACUACAGAUUCAGUGGAGGUGGCUUGACUAUCUUCUUGCACGUAUGGCCCUCCACACGAAAGCGUUCAUUCGUUAUUCGUCCGAGGAUCGUAAAAAUGUGAUAGAUAGAAUGAAGUUUAUCACUGACCGCCUCCAAAGUAUUGAGAGGCAGCAAGGUACAGUAAGCAAAGAGCUGCAGUCAUACCUCGAAAACAAGACAGACCACGCUGUGAGUACACUGUCCAGAUACCUUAAGUCUCCAGAAGUUAUUGAGCAGUUUUCUUUGUGGACAUUAGAUGACGUUCCAAGUACUGAAGAAAGCUGGGAACUGACUAAGAGUUACAUCCAAAAGGCGCUGAUGAGACGACUUCAAGAAAAGAUAGAGGAAUGGGAAGAAAAGAACCAUAUCUUUUCCGAUGCUCGCGCCUCUUUGAUUCGAUACUUUCAGGAGAGGUUCAGCUACGUCGAAGGUCAACUUCGGAUGCUGGAGGGCUCUGUCCUAGCCGGAGAUGCUGUCGGCUCAGGAAGUGACCCGCUGGCAUCGGAUGACUUUAGUGUCGCCGAAAAAGUCAUCAUCGGGGUCACAAGUCCAAUUUGGGUUCCAGUUGGUCUGGUUGUCCUGGUGGUCAGUGUCCCGGUAGUUGGCGCCAUAGCAGUUAAAGAGAAGUUAGAAAACUGGAAUAAAAUAAGACAGUACAACAAAGAUAAGUGUGCCUUUAUGGCGAAAGCUUCCCAAGAAUAUCUGAAUGAAGCAGCUGAAGAACAGCAUCUAAAGUCGUACGUGAUGGAACAGCUUAAAGAAGCUCAAGUUUGUCUUAAGCAGGUCUUAGAACGGAUCCCUCAGCUCAUAGAAGAGGACAAAAUGUUGUGUCAACAAUUGAGAGAUGAGAACCGUUCUAAGAAAGAAGUAGAAGAUUUCUACCAACCGCUACACGAGAGGAGUGUAAAAAUAAGGGAUGAGAUGGCCCUGUUUGGCAUUAAAGAGGUUCGCACCAUGGACAUCAGUUGCGACGAUUUGGAGUGGCAAGACUAUGCACCUCUUGGAAAAGGAGCAUUUGCUGCUGUUUAUCGAGGGAAAUUGAAGAUGCGAGGAAAGGAUAAACCUGUAGAUGUUGCUGUGAAAGUGUGGAACGAGGAGCUAAACGAAGAUACUGCUAGUGGCAUUCUUUCUGAAGCUGAGAUACUCAGGAAGCUGAAUCAUCCCUUUAUUGUGAAGUUCUAUGGUGCAGCACUGCACAAGGAAGGGGAGCGGUUGAAAGCAAUACUGGUGAUGGAGCUCUGUAAGGAAAACCUGAUGAGGUACAUUUUCCGGCAUAAAAGCAAUAUACCUGGAAAGUCGUCAACUGCUACAGCUGCGAGAGAUGUGAUCGGAUGGGCAAAAGACAUCGCCGAUGCUUUGGAAUACAUUCACAGACAAGGUAUCGUUCACAGAGAUCUCAAGCUGGAAAAUAUAUUGCUGUCGCAAGAAAAUAUUGUCAAAGUAGCCGAUGUCGGUGUUUCUAAAGAAGCCAAAGCGAUCACAGGUACCUUAGCGGGAACUCCUGUGUAUCUCGCUCCAGAAGUGAUCAAUUCCUGUUUGUACGAUUACAAAGCAGACAUCUACAGCCUCGGUAUAAUGCUCUGGGAGAUGUGGUAUGGUAACAGAGCCCUUCUUGACGUGGAAGGAAAUGUGUAUGAGUUUUUCGAAAAAGUGGUUGGGGGUGCGAGACCUACGCAUGUCGAAGGCUUAAAGAAGCCUCCAGCUGGUUUGCAUGAUCUGAUGCAGCGUUGCUGGGACGAAAAACCUGAUAAUCGACCAGAUGCGAGCGAGUGUUACGAGAAGUUGGCUGAGCUCUAUCAGGAAUUUGGCGCACCAUCCUCAUAAACACUGGUUAUUAGGCAACCACCUUGAACGUAUUUACUUUUCAAGUGGAGACUGUUUUGGAGCAAUAAUGAUUCAGAGUGUUUUAAGAUAUCCCAUAUGACUGUUAUAAAAAUUAGGUUAACCUCACCCGCGCCAAUUUUCUCUUGGUUCGUACAUCAUAGAAACUUAUUCUGGUCUUAAUCAGUGCUGAUGCUUAGGACUUCUAUCGAGAUCAGUGUCAUUUUGGGUGAUUCAGGAAAGGCUUAAUUAAGCGCACAGGUGUAGGUGGCUCCUUUGGUGCUCGUCUGUCAGAUGAUCUUUUGUUAAGGUACAGGGUUGUCAGCCCACUGCCCUUCCCUAAACCUAAAAGCGGCUUCGUUAGGGAUGAAAAUUAAAGCAAGAAGUGUAUGAAAUACAUAGAUACUUACGCAGUGAGUUGACGGAAUGUAGGAGUGGUGUAUGGUAGGUCUCUAAGUCUCUGCAUGAUGAUUGUUGUAAUAUGUAUACUAUUCUUAUGUCCUGGUACUCUCUAGACCCUCAGACAUUGCAAGCGAAAAAGAGACUCGAAAAAGUCUUAAUCAAGAAAGAGAGAGAGAGAAAGAGAUAGGCGACCGUUCUCUUAUAUUAAAAUGGCACAGUCCAGUCAUAUUGUCAUAGUAUCGUUAACUGGAACAAACAUACAACAGUUUCAAUGAUUUGGUAGAUUUAUUUUAAUAAGAGUUGGUUACGAUGUGUAGCAAUCUCUUUACAACUUAUUUUUUUGGGGCGUUUGUCAAAUAGUUGACUUGUUACUAUUUUGAACGAAGAACAACAAGAAUAUUCUAAAGGCAAAUGUUGUUCUUUCAGCUUGUAUGAAAGCUUUUUGCCGAAUUUUAGAGUUAGUUUUACCAUCUGGUUAAGACACCUGUGAUCGUUUACUCCUAGAAGAUUUCGUAGAUAGCAUUCUGCUUUUUUAUAUAUUAAGACUAAACAUAAUGCUGGAAGGUCAGAUAUCACAUAUCUACGUCUAAAGAAAUCACAGAGAUGGAGUUGUAAGCACAAUCAAAGUGCUCUGUGACCUUGUGUGAAAAGUGAAAUUUACUGUCUAUCUUUGUAAAUAUUGGAAAAUCAA